CACGUAAGGGCGGUCGUCUCUUCUAGGCGAGGCUGAGAAGAAGGGGUUGUGGUCCGAGGGCAGAGCUCCGAACGUCGAGCGUUGGGAGUAGCGAUGGCGUCCCUGAGGGCCCUGUGGCUAGCCUGGGCGAUGCUCCGUGUGGCUGGAGCGUGCCCUGAGCCGUGCGCCUGCGUGGACAAAUACGCCCAUCAGUUUGCCGACUGUGCCUACAAGGAGCUACGUGAAGUACCCGAGGGGCUGCCGGCCAACGUGACCACGCUGAGUCUGUCGGCUAACAAGAUCACCGUGCUGCGGCGAGGGGCCUUCGCCAACGUCACCCAGGUCACAUCUCUGUGGCUGGCGCACAACGAGGUGCGCACCGUAGAGCCCGGCGCGCUGGCGGUGCUGAGCCAGCUCAAGAACCUCGACCUGAGCCACAACCUCAUAUCCAGCUUCCCAUGGAGCGACCUGCGUAACCUGAGCGCUCUGCAGCUGCUCAAAAUGAAUCACAACCGCUUGGGCUCGCUGCCCGGCGACGCGCUCGGCGCGCUGCCGGACCUGCGCUCGCUGCGCAUCAACAACAACCGCCUCCGUACGCUGGCGCCCGGCACGUUCGACGAGCUGAGCGCGCUGUCGCACCUACAGCUCUAUCACAACCCUUUCCACUGUGGCUGCCGCCUGGUGUGGCUCCAGGCCUGGGCCUCGAGCACCAGGGUCUCGCUGCCGGAGCCCGACUCCAUUGCGUGCGCCUCGCCGCCGGCGCUGCAGGGAGUUCCGGUGCACCGCCUGCCCGCGCUGCCCUGUGCACCGCCCAGCGUGAGUCUGAGCACUGAGCCUGCGCCCGAGGCACCCGGCCACCCUCUGCGAGCCGGUCUGGCCCUAGUGCUGCACUGCGCCGUCCAAGGCUACCCGGCGCCCCGCCUGCAAUGGCACCUUCAGAUCCCUGGUGGCAUUGUAGUUUUAGAACCGCCAGCCCUGAGAGAGAAGGACGACCAGGAUGGGGCGGAAGAUGGGGAGGGGGAAAGGGAUGCGGAUGAGCCAACGCAGACCGAAGCCCCAACUCCAACUCCCCCGGCACCGGCUUGGCCCGCACCUCCAGCCACCCCACGCUUCCUGGCCCUUGCAAACGGGUCCCUUUUGGUGCCCCUCCUGAGCACCAAGGAGGCGGGCGUCUACACCUGCCGUGCACACAACGAGCUGGGCACCAACUCGACCUCACUGCGCGUGGCAGUGGCAGCAUCGGGGCCCCCUAAGCACGGUCCUGGCACGGGGUCCGAACCGGUGGGGCAGUCCCCAGGCUCGGAUCGCAAGUCCACCACCAAGGGCCGGGGCAACAGCGUCCUGCCUUCGAAGCCUGAGAGCAAAACCAAAGGCCAAGGCCUGCCCCGGGUCAGCGUCCUCGGGGAGACGGAGGUGGGCCCCGCUGAAGAGGAGGGAGAGGAGGAGGCUGAAGACCAGGUCCCUGCGGAUCCCGGGGAGGAGCAGCGCUGUGACCAGGGGGACCCCUCGCGGUACGUGUCCAACCACGCGUUCAACCAGAGCUCCGACCUCAAACCUCACGUCUUUGAGCUGGGCGUCAUCGCGCUGGACGUGGCGGAGCGCGAGGCGCGGGUGCAGCUGACGCCCCUGGCAGCGCGCUGGAGCCCAGGGACUAGCGAGGCCGCGAGAGCUCAGCGGCCUGGGCGGUGGCCCCCGCGCCUUCUUUAUCUGUGCCCAGCUGGGGGCGGGGCGGCCGUGCAGUGGUCGCGCGUGGAGGAGGGGGUCAAUGCCUACUGGUUCCGUGGCCUGCGCCCUGGCACCAACUACUCAGUGUGCCUGGCGCUGGCGGGCGAGGCGUGUCACGUUCAGGUGGUGUUCGCCACCAAGAAGGAGCUGCCUUCCCUGAUCGUCAUAGUGGCGGUGAGCGUGUUCCUUCUGGUGCUAGCCACUGUCCCCCUGCUGGGCGCCGCCUGCUGCCAUCUGCUGGCCAAACACCCGGGCAAGCCCUACCGCCUGAUCCUGAGGCCGCAGGCCCCGGACCCCAUGGAGAAGCGCAUCGCCGCCGACUUUGACCCGCGUGCCUCCUACCUUGAGUCGGAGAAAAGCUACCGCGCAGGCGGUGAGGCAGGCGACGAGGAGCCAGAGGCGAGCCCCGGGGAGGGCCUGGAUGAAGACCCAGAGCAGGGGGACCCUAGCGGGGACCUGCAGAGGGAGGAGAGCCUGGCGGCCUGCUCCCUAGUGGAGUCUCAGUCCAAGGCCAACCAAGAGGAGUUCGAGGCGAGCUCCGAGUACAGCGACCGGCUGCCACUGGGCGCAGAGGCCGUCGAUAUUGCCCCAGAGAUUAACGGUAACUACAGGCAGACGGUGGGAUGAGUCAUCGGCCCACCCUGCCACCCGUUCCUACUCCUCACCUUGCGUCCUUAGGAGCAGAAACCUUGGGCUGGCAGGAUUCACCAUCCCAUCCUACUCGGGCGCACUUACUCCUCCCCCGGUCACUCACCAACCUCUAGUACAUCUGGUAGGGAGUGGGCCACUGUCAUCAGUCCCCGGUACCCACUACCGGUGGCCAUUCUCCCAGUGGGCAGAAAGAUCGCCUUUCCACCCCCAACCCCCAAGCACGGUUCCUGGCUCCUUGGUCCUCAAAUAAGCCACUGCCCCCACACCCUAGCAGAAGGGGACUGAAUCUACAACCCUCCCCACCAUUGUCACCUCGAAUAUUACAGCGGCAGCGACAUGCGUGGCAGCUAUCUCUGUGCACCACUGCCCACCCCACUGCGGGGGUUUUGGUGCGGAAGGAAUUCAGGAAAGACCUUUGGCAACGCUGUGACUGCCGAGCCAGCCAGGACCCCUGGCAAACGUCCCCAGCGCAGAGCGCAAAUAGGGUCUUGUCUCCAUCCCACUAUCACUGCCAUUUCUGGGGCUUGGGGACCUGGUGGCAUCAGGGAAAGUGAUUUUCCCUUUGAUUCCUAAUUUAUUAUUUAUUUAUUUGUUGUUUGUUUGUUUGUUUGAAAGCCUCCCUCCCGACUUCUGACCCCUUCCGCUCUCCCAGCACUGGCCCUAGCCGACUCUGGUCCGCUGGAGCUGAGCCAGAUGCCUUGGGCGCCUUUCUGCUCAGUGCUCCAGCGUCGGCUUUCACAUUUUCGUUCUCUUCACAGGCCUUGACGCUCCUGGGCCUGGUGCUAAUAACACCCUCCCGCCUCGGAGGAAAUGGGGAUGUGGAGGAGGAGAGUGGGAACCCGUUUCCUCCCAUGAGUUUCCCUAACUGCGCUGCCCCUUUCCCCGCGGAGGGUAGGGGUUUGGCUCAGGACCAUUUUUCGCUGCCCUUGUGCCAGGUGCAUUGUCCAGGUUGGCUGCAGCUUCCAAAGCCCCCGGGCCCAGACCCCAGCCACAGAAACCAGGCGUGUAGGAAGCCAACGGUGCCCCCUGCUUGGGUCCCUCGCGGGUGGGGUGCUUGCACAAUGCCCCACGGGUGCUUGGGUGGAGAACAACGCUCAGUCCUCGCCCCCCACCCACACCCGCCCCUUCCAAGGAAUCCCCUUUGCCCAGGCGUGUUGUCCUAGCUGAGCGUGCGGUAGUGUCCUGUGAAGUGACCCUGUAGUGUAGAUGGGGCAGA